AUGGAGGAUGAUAAAGAUAACAACAUAACAAAAGAAAAUCUGAAUGACGUUGAAAAUAAUCAACUUUCUAUAAUAGAAGAAAAAAAUAUAAAAGAGGAAGAAGUAAAAGAUGGGGGGGGAAAUGUUUUAAAAAAUGAAACUAUAUACAAAAAUUUAUACAAGCAUAGUUAUAAUACGCAAGUAUAUAAAGAUGAAGUGACACAUAUUCGUUUAAGAAAUAGAGAAAAUAAAAAUUUGGAUGAAAAUAAUUCGGAUGGUAAUAAAAAUGUAAAUAAGAAAAAAGAGUGUGUUGAGAUAAAUAUGAAUGAACGUAUUGAUAAAAAGGAAGAUGGUGACGAUGGUAGUGAUGAUGAUGAUAGUGAUGAUGAUGGUAGUGAUGAUGAUGAUAGUGACGAUGAUGAUGACGAUGAUAGUGACGAUGAUAGUGACGAUGAUAGUGACGAUGAUAAUAACAAUGAUAGUCACAUCAAUAAUAAUAAUAAUAUUUCAUCACAUAGCGAGAGUGAAGAAAAUAUAAAAGACCAUACAAUAGUCACGAACGAUGAAGAAAAGAAUAUUAAAAUAAUUGAGAUGUAUGAAAAAAAAUUAGAAAAUGAAGAAAUAAAAAAAAAAAAUAAAGAACAAGUUAACCAAAAUAAUAAAAGUCAAAUAAGAGAAAGCAUUUCUAAAAUUUUUAAAGAAUGUCCUACAUCAAAACCGAAAAUAAUUAAUGAAAUAAAUAAGGAAACAAAAUAUGAUAGUAAUAAUAAUAAUAAUAAAAAUAAUUUUAAUAAUAAUUAUUAUAGUUGUAAUAAUAUGAAAGAAAAUAAUCAUAUGCAUGGAGAUAAAAAUAAUAUAUAUGGAAAUAAUAAUUAUAGCGAUUCUGAAAAAAAUAAAAGUAGUGAUACAGAAAAGAAUAAAUUAAAAUUGAAUAAUAAGAAUACUUUAAAAGAAGGUAGUUUGUUAAGAUUAUUUAGAUGUGAAUAUUUUGAUACCCAUUUACAUAUAAGAUAUUUAUAUGAUAGAAAAGAAGUUGGUGUACAUGAAUAUUUAGUUAAUUCUUUAUAUACUCAAAGAAAAUAUGAAGAUAUAUUAUUUUAUUUACCUCAAUUAAGUCAAAUAUCUUUAGUAAGAUAUGAAUCUUCAUCUCUUUAUCGUUUCUUAUUAGAAAAAGCUAGUAAGUCAAUGCAUUUUGCCUUAAAAUUAUCUUGGUUAUAUCAUUCUAUAGUUGAAGAUAAUUCUAGUAAAUAUAAAGAUUUAGCUCAACGAAUGAUACAAGAAAUUGAAAUGGCUGUUGUUAACUGUAAACCUUUAAAUAAUGAAUGUAAGUCUUUUGAAGAAAAUAAACAAUCUUAUCUUCUUGAUUUGGCUUAUCCACUUUUAUUCAAAAGAAAAUUUAUUUUAAAAAAAAUUAAAACUAAUGAAAAAUUAAACAAAAUAAAAAUGUAUAAUAAAUACCUUAACAAUUCAUAUAAUUCAUAUACGUUAAAAAAUCUACAUGCUAGUAAUCCAAUAGAAAGUGACACUACAUCAUUUUUACGUAAUUAUAAAAAUUCAAAUGAUAAUACACCUUCUCAAGGGACGAAUAAAUAUAGCAAUGAUGAUAACUGUAAUCUAGAGAAGAGGGAAGAUAAACAAGAUAUUCAAAAUGUAUCUGCAGAGGAAAUAGAUUUAAGUAAAAAUCUAAAGGAAGUUAAUACGUUAGAUGAAAAUAAAAUAUCACAUGAAAAUAAUCAUUCAAAUAAUCAAUCGAAUAAUCAACCAAAUAAUCAAUCAGAAAAAAAAACACCUAUAUUAAAAAGAAAGAAUUUAAAACAAGCACAUACAACACCAUGUCCUAAACUUCCUCCUUGUUAUAUUAUAAAUUCUGGCUCUUUAUCUAUUGCUAGGGCUAAAGUAAAAUUACCUAGUACUUAUUCUAAAUUAGGUAAUCCUUUAAGUUUUUCAAAAUUUUCACUUCCUGAUUUUAAUUAUAGUUAUGAUAUGAUAGAAGAAUUACAACAGUUUUUUAUGAAACAAAGACGAUGUGAUUAUUUUAGUUUAUUAAAUAAUUUUAUCAAUUUACUUAUAUCAGUAUCUAAUUUAUUAGCUGCUGAGCCAGAUAUAGAUCUACGUAAUGAAUUAUUAAGACGAUUUAUAUAUUCUUUAAAUAGCUGGAUGAAUAUGAGAAGAUGUAUUGUGGCUUGUUGUGAAAAUAUUUUUGCAAUGACAGGUUUAUGUAUCCCAUUAGAAAGUAUGUCUUCAUCAACUUAUAAUCAUGAUACAAAUAAUCGUUUAAGUUAUAAUAAUUUACAAAUAUUACAUUUUAAUAAUGAAGAAUGUAAAAUAUUUUUCUCCAAAAAAAGAGCACCAUAUUUAUUAAUGUUUGAAGUUGCUGAUUUGGAUGAGGAUAUAAGUCAUAUUUCUGAUAAUAUUUUUUAUACCAAAAAAAGUUUAUUUUUUAAUCAAGAUAAUAAUGAUAAUAAUAAUAAUAAUGAUAAUAAUAAUAAUAAUUACAAUUAUAAUAAUAAUAAUAAUUACAAUUAUAAUAAUAAUAAUAAUUAUAAUAGUGAUGUGCAAAGUAAAGAACCAAAAAUUGUAAGACAAGAAUAUAGUAGAAAGAGCCUCAUUUUGUCAAGAAAUUUUUGCUGUUCCAAAAAUUAUGGAUACCAUGAAGAAAAUAUGAAUACCUUCGAUUAUGAAAAUAGAAUAAGCUUAGAAGACAAAAAAAAAAAGAACAGUAAGAAAAAAAAAUAUGCAAAAGAACAAGAACAAAGUAAUAAUGAAAAAUUAAAGGAUAAAGAAAAAGAGAGAAAGAAAAAAAAUAUUUUAGAUUUAAAUUCUUUAAAAAUGGAAGAUAUAUAUGUAUAUAAUUGUAUUGUAAAUGAUUUGAGAAGAGAAAAUUUGAUAUCCUUUACGUCAAAAGAGGAUGAAAAUAUAGCACUUAUAAAAAAAUGUCUAGGACUAAAAAUGGUAGAAAAAGAAAAUGAUGACAAUGAUGAUGAUGAUAAUUAUAAUGAAAAAAAAAACUUUGAAGAACAACAAAAUGGAAAUUAUAAUAAUGAUAAUAAUAUUUAUCAUGAUGAAAAAAAAAAACUUCAAACAACAAAUGAUAAUUUAUCAUCGUCAUCAUCUUUUGGUGUUAAAAAAAAUUAUUUAUUAAAUUCUAGAUCUGUUUCAAUGCCAAGUUAUUUGAAUAAUAGCGUUGAAAAAUGUGAUACGAGUUCAUAUGAUAAUACAAGUAAUAAUGUAAAAACAUCGAUGGAAACUAUAAGUAGUGGUAUAGAUGAUAUUCUAGUUGAAAAAAAUAUAGAGAAGAAUGAAACAUAUGAAGAAAUGAAGAGAAAAAAUUCAAAUAAUGAAUUUAUUGAUUAUAAUGAACAUAUGGUAAAAUUAUCUCCAUAUUAUGCAAGAACAAAUCAUAGAGAAAAAAAUAAAAAUGAUGAUAUUAAUAAUAGCGAUGAUGAUGAUGAUGAUAAUAUAAUAAAUAGUUAUAAUAAUAGUAUGAAUAAUAAUACUUGUAAUAAUAAACAAGAUAAUACAAUUAGUAACUUCCCAAAUAAUAUAUUAGAUCUGAGUGAAUAUUUUAAACCUGAAAAUUAUUUAAAUGAAGAAUUUAAAAAAAAAAAUUCCAAAAUUAUUAAAAGAUUAUUAUGGGGUGAAUUAUUUGAAGAAAAAAAAAAAAGAAUAAGAAAAGUAUCUCCUUAUGGAAAAUUAAAAUCAUGGGAUCUAAAAUGUGUUAUAAUAAAAGGUGGAGAUGAUUUAAGACAAGAACUAUUAGCUUCACAACUAAUUAAACAAUUUAAAAUUAUAUUUGAAAAUGCUGGAUUACCAUUAUGGUUAAGACCAUAUGAAAUACUUGUAACAGGUUCAAAUUCUGGUAUUAUAGAGUAUGUUAAUGAUACGUGUUCAGUUGAUUCUUUAAAAAGAAAAUUUGGAGCAGAUAGUAUAUCGACUAUUUUUAAUAUUGUCUUUUCUGAUUAUAUUUUUGAGGCAAAAAAGAACUUUAUUGAGAGCCAUGCUGCGUAUUCUUUAAUUUCUUAUCUACUCCAAGUAAAGGAUCGACAUAAUGGAAAUUUACUCCUAGAUUCAGAUGGUCAUUUAAUACACAUAGAUUAUGGUUUUAUGUUAACUAAUUCACCUGGUAAUGUGAAUUUUGAAACAUCCCCAUUCAAAUUAACACAAGAAUAUUUAGAUAUUAUGGAUGGAGAAAAAUCAGACAAUUAUGAAUAUUUUAGGAGACUUAUUGUUAGUGGAUUUCUAGAGGCUAGAAAACAUUCAGAAGAAAUUAUUCUUUUUGUUGAAUUGAUGAUGCCAGCUUUAAAAAUACCAUGCUUUGCAAACGGUACACAAUUCUGUAUAGAAUCCUUGAAAGAAAGAUUUAUGACCAAUCUGACAGUCGAUGUGUGUAUUCAACGAAUUAAUGCCUUAAUUGAAGCGUCCAUUAAUAAUUUUCGAAGUGUCCAGUAUGACUAUUUUCAAAGAAUAACAAACGGAAUUAUGUGA